CGGAUGAGCAGGAGACGGCUUUAUUGAAGGCCAUUAUCAAAUGGAAGCCUGUUGGUAUGGCUCACUACUACAAAACACUAUUGCGCUAGCCAGGAAAGAUAACAUUUUCUCUCUCAAGGCAUGCACAAACACUUCCGCAUGAUCGCAAUCUCCGAAUUCCUUAAAACCCAAGGCUAUGCGCCCGCGAACGCACUCCACACGCGAAUCCCCGGGAUAUGGAGAAAGCUCAACACACUCUACAAUCUCCCAGCGCUCGAUGAGCGGGAAGAUUCAUUAAUAUCAGAUGCCGCGGAUGAUGGCGAUCCCUCGAGCGAACGAUAUUGUCCCUUCCAACUCCCAGAUGACGAAUACGGUUAUAUGAUGUUUGAGAGGAGGUUGGCGACAGAGGAAUCUGUAUCGCCUAUCAGUGGCCGUGCAGAGUCGAGACGAGGGAGCACCGUGGCUGAUACGGAUGAAGCACGCUCCUCUCCCGCGCCCUCCCGUGGACGAAAGAGUACCCGCGGCCGUCCUCCAGGAACACGCGGCACGCGCGCGAAGCGGUUCCAAGCUGAGGAAUUCCGGAAAAGUGCAGCUAUCGUCGAUGACGAAGAAGAAGAAGAAGAACAGGAAGAAGUUGAUGAGGACGCUUCGGACGCUGCGAAAGAUGAUAGUGAUAUCGAAGACGAUGAAGAAGAGGACGCGGGUGAUUCUCCGAAUCCGAGGAGUACAAGGGCUCAGACAUCACGGUCGAGGAGAGGUACAGGGACAGGAACGAGAAGGACAGGGCGGCGACGUUGA